CAAAUCAAUCAGAGCGACACAGUCCACCUUUAGCUUUAACCUGUCACUCCAAUAUCCCCCCAUUUAGCGUUGUUGUCUUCUGCCUCUAUAUUCGGACUCUUUGUCUCUCUGAAACUCUUCAACAAUGGCGGACCCUGAUCUCUCCUCUCCUCUCCUCCCUUCCCAGCCCUCCGAUCCUCCUCAUCUAAUCCUCACCAUCCACGACUCCCUCUCUCACAACAACAACAACAACAACAGAGGGAGUUGUGUAAAUCGCAACCGUCAAAACUCUCACCACAACAACGGCAACAGUAUUAUUAAUAGUAGCACAAAAAACCCAUAUGAGUUUCUGGGGUCUAAGGGUCUGGAGGUAUGUGGGUCAUCCACAGUUGACCCAUUCUUGAACAAGACGGGUCGGAUCGAAGGGUUGUACGAGUGGUUGAAGGUGGUGGUUUGUUUGCCUGUUGCGGCGGUCAGGCUCGUCCUCUUUGGGGUUUGCUUGUUGAUUGGCUUUGUGGCCACCAAAGUUGCUCUUUAUGGUUGGAAAGAUACGCAAAGUCCCAUGCCCGUUUGGAGGUCUAGAAUCAUGUGGAUCACCAGAAUUUCAGCCAGAUUUAUUCUCUUCACUUUUGGGUAUCAUUGGAUAAGAAGGAAAGGAAAACCUGCACCCAGGGAGACUGCUCCAAUAGUUGUAUCUAAUCAUGUAUCAUACAUUGAACCUAUCUUUUAUUUCUAUGAGUUAUUCCCUACCAUUGUGGCAUCUGAGUCCCAUGAUUCCAUACCUUUUGUUGGGACCAUUAUCAGAGCAAUGCAGGUGAUAUAUGUCAAUAGGUUCUCACCGCCAUCAAGGAAGCAUGCCGUCAAUGAAAUAAAGAGAAAGGCUUCUAGCGAUAGAUUUCCUCGAGUACUAUUAUUUCCUGAGGGAACCACAACUAAUGGAAGGAUCCUUAUGUCAUUCCAACUUGGUGCAUUCAUCCCUGGUUACCCAAUCCAACCUGUAAUUGUCCGUUAUCCUCACGUGCACUUUGACCAAUCAUGGGGGAAUAUCUCUUUGGCAAAGCUCAUGUUUAGGAUGUUCACGCAAUUUCACAAUUUUAUGGAGGUAGAAUACCUUCCUGUUGUUUCCCCUCACACUAAUCAAAAAGAAACUGCUGUUCAUUUUGCUAAGAGGACUAGUCAUGCUCUUGCUACUGGGCUUAAUGUUAUACAAACCUCUCAUUCCUAUGGAGACUUAAUGCUUCUUAUGAAAGCAAUUGAAUCGAAACAGGAGAAGCCCUCAAAUUAUAUGGUCGAAAUGGCUAAGGUGCAAUCAUUGUUCCAUAUAAGCAGCUUGGAAGCUGUGGACUUCCUGGAUAAAUUUUUGUUAAUGAAUCCAAACCCAAGUGGUUGUGUCAAAUUCCAUGACUUCUUGAAGGUUCUAAGACUCAAAGCUUGUACUCUUUCUGAAGAGAUAUUUUCAUUCAUUGAUGUGGAGAAGAGUGGAACAAUCACAUUCAAGCAGUUCUUAUUUGGAUCAGCACAUGUCAUGAAGCUGCCAUUAUUCAGGCAAGCUUGUGAAUUAGCCUUUGCCGAAUGCAAGUCUGGAGGAAAUAAUUACAUAUUAGAACAUGAAUUGGAAAAUUUGAUCAGACCUGCAAUCCCAGACUUGAAUUCAGAUGAGGUCCGUGAGCUGUUUAAUUUAUUUGAUUCUGAUAGUGAUGGGGAGAUCAGCAAGGAUGAUUUUAGUACCUGUCUAAGAAAAAAUCCUCUGCUGAUAGCACUUUUCAUACCUUGUUUGCUGCAAAAGGGAUUUCCAGAAACUUGUGAUAGGAUACUGGAGGAGGUAGUUUGAUAAAUUGGGUUUCCAUGCUUUUCUAGUUUAAUGUUUUACUCCUUGAUUGUAGGGUUUUGUUUAUGGAGAGAGAGAGAGAGUUGAAGAGGAGGGCGGGGGGUUUACCAUUAGUAUAGUGGGGCUUUAAUAUUUUUAAGCAUGCCCCUGUAAAAUGCUCAUAAGGCAGUCAGUUUCGGUAUUAAUCUGUAUUUUUAUUUAUUUUUUCCUGUUAUCUACAACCUGAACUUGCAUAUUGUGUUUUAAAGUGAUCUGCUUGGUUCACUACUUACUCA